AUGCGGCAACAACAAUCUAUUCAUGCUGCAUUUGAUAAGCAACUUAAUCAAGAUAAGCAUGGAUAUGAGAUUCGCUUAGCAGCUUCAAUUCGUGUAGUGAGACUACUUGUGAAACAAGGAUUGGCAUUUCGGGGUCAUGAUGAAUCUAAAGCAUCGCUUAACAGAGGUAAUUUUCUUGAAAUUCUUUCAUUUUAUGCUCAAGAGUGUGAUAAAAUUCGUAGCUUUGUAUUGAAAAAGGCUCCUCAAAAUGAUCAAAUGACUUGUCCAAUGAUUCAAAAAGAAAUUGUGCUUUCUUGCAAGAUUGAAACAAUUAAGGGUAUCAUAAAGGAAUUAAAUGGUGACUAUUUUUCCUUAUUGGUUGAUGAAUCUUUUGAUGUAUCACGCAAGGAGCAAAUGGCGAUUGUUUUACGAUAUGUUGAUAGAAGGGGAUUUGUGAUGGAGCAACUUCUUGGCAUUGUUCAUGUUAAAAAUACUAGUGCCUUAGCUUUAAAAGGUGCAACUGUCAAUUUACUUUCUCAACAUUCCUUGAGUCUAUCUUGUGUGUGUGGACAAUGCUAUGAUGGAGCAAGUAAUAUGCAAGGUGAUAUCAAUGGCCUUAAAAUGUUGAUUAAGAAAGAAAGUAGAUCGGCUCAUUCCAUUCAUUGUUUUGCUCAUCAACUUCAAUUAACUCUUGUUGGUGUUUCAAAAAAAUGUCUUCAAGUUGGAGAACUUGUACAUUUGGUUUCGGAUAUUUUGAAUGUGUUGGCGGCUUCUUAUAAACGUAUGGAUGAAUAUCGAGAAUCUCAAAGGAAAAGAAUUCAAGAGGCUUUAGAAAAGGGCGAGCUUAAAACUGGUAGGGGCUUGCAUCAAGAACUUGGUAUUUCUAGAGCUUGUGAUACUCGUUGGGGAUCUCACUUCAAAUCUUUUAAUUGUUUUAUUCUUCAAUUUGGUACAAUAAUGGAUGUACUUGAUACUAUUGUUGAAACUGCACAUAGUUUGGAUGAAAGUGCCAGGGCGACAGGAUAUAUCAGAGCUGCUCAAACGUACGAGUACAUGCUUACAAAAAAAGAGCAAGAUAUUGCGAAUGCCAUGCGACUUGUUAAUGUGGCAAGGAUAAGGUUGCAAGAGCUAAGGGAAGAUAAAAGAUGGGAUUUGUUUGUUGCUGAGGUAUCUACGUUUUGUGUCAAGUAUAAUAUUGUGGUACCUAAUUUUGAUGAGUCGUAUGUUAACUCGGGGAGAUUUCGGCGUAAACCUGUUGAUUAUACUUUCUUGCAUCAUUAUCAUGUUGAUGUAUUUUGUAAAAUAAUUGAUUGGCAACUGCAAGAACUUAAUGAUCGUUUUGAUGAGGAGACAACUGAGUUGCUUUAUGGAGUUGCUUGCUUGAAUCCGAUAGACUCAUUUUCAAGUUUUGACAUUCAGAAAAUAAUGAGAAUGGCUAAAUUAUAUCCUGAUGACUUUUAUGAAUUUAGUAUGUGUUCUCUUGAGAAUCAGCUUGUGAAUUACAUUAUUGAUGUUCGUGAUAUUGAUAAAAGGUUCUCCGAUUUAAAUGGGCUUUGUGAUCUUUCAAAAAGACUGGUUCAGACAAAAAAGCAUUCAUGUUAUCCUCUUGUAUUUCGUUUAGUGAAAUUUUCUUUGCUUCUCCCAGUUGCCACGGCAUCCGUUGAAAGAGCUUUUUCGGCAAUGAAAUUUAUUAAGAAUGAGUUGCGGAGUCGAAUGAAUGAUGAAUUCUUGAGCGGUUGCAUGGUUCCUUUUGUGGAAAAAGAUAUGUUUAAUGAUGUUUCAAAUGAUGAUAUUAUUUUGACUUUUCAAGCAAUGAAACCUCGUCGAGUAGUGCUAUAA